GAACAUAGAAGUAGAAUCAAAAGAAAAACCCUGGAUUUUCCCGUAUAAAAGCAAACUAUUAGCCAUUUCUAUCAAAACCCUAAUCUAUCUUCUCAUUUGAGUAGCCGUAAACAAGCAGGAAACCCUCUUUCCUUCGUGAUUUGAUUGUAAUUUCAUUCAAAAAUAUCAACAAUGUCGGUUGGAGAACUCGCCUGCACCUACGCUGCUUUGAUCCUUCACGACGACGAAGUCGCCGUCACUGCUGAGAAGAUUGCUACUCUUGUCAAGGCUGCCAAUGUUGAGAUCGAGUCCUACUGGCCUAGUUUGUUUGCCAAGCUUUGCGAGAAAAAGAACAUUGAGGACCUUAUCCUUAACUGUGGUGCUGGUGGAGGUGCUGCACCCGUAGCUGCAGUUGCAGCUGGUGGUGGUGCUGCCCCUGCUGCGGAGGAAAAGAAGGAGGAAAAGAAGGAGGAGGCCAAGGAGGAAAGCGAUGAUGACAUGGGAUUCAGCUUGUUUGAUUAGAUGGCAAGAUUCAUGUCUUUUAUCUAUAUCUUAGCUUAUUAGUAUUGUGACAGUAGCUAUAUGUUUCAAGAGAAUUUUGUUGAAGUUGUUUUUUGUGUUUUCAGAGAUGGAUUACUUUAAAGUUUUGCCGUGGUUACCAUCAUGGAGUUUCCUGUUUUUUAAUACAAAGAAUUCUGGUGAUUUUGGGCUCUAUGAAUUAAUUCUAAUUGUUCUAUCA